AUGUUGAGCUCUCACCAUCACCAACCCAUCAACACCAUUAGCGACACAUUCGGCGGCACAACAACCAUUCAGGAAUUGGACUACUUGAGAAGUGAAUUCCACUCGGGUGUCAGCGCCACACACAACGGCCAAGAAACCACAGCAGUCAGGAUAUUCGACAACGUACUCGCGUAUGCACACAAGAACUUGCUUAUGCCUUUACUCUUGCGGCGCUCUGUUUUAUGCCGAGAAAUGGAGAACCUUGAAGAAGCUUUGAGCAGUGCACGACAAGCCAUACAACUCGCCCCUACCAACGCUGAUGGCCACAUUGCUGCGGUACAAGCAUUCGUUGCACAAGGCAACCUUACAGCCGCUCUAAGGCAAUGUGACAUAGGAUUGUCUCCUUUCUUUCCCAGAGAUAAACGACACAAGGAUCUCCAAUUAUUACAGCAACAGUUAUAUGAGCACAUCAAUCAUGCAAACCAAUGGCCACUUGAUGAUGGGAUAGUCGAGCGUAUCAUCCACAUGCUUUAUUUCUCGGACAGACUACGCUUUGCUGCCACAUGUCGACAUUGGCGUAAUCGGAUAUACAACCUUCCAGCAACAUGGGAAGACGUUGCCAUCACUCCAAGAAUCUCCCAUGACAACCCUUUACUCAAGUAUAUGACAACAUACAAGAUACGCCAUCUUGCUAUAUCCACAGAGAAUCGUUUACCCCAAGAAGUAUAUGGUCUUUGGAAUCAGCUUGAAUCCCUUGAGAUCAUUACAGGAAAGAGUGGAAUGGCCAUCCCUAGCAUCAAAUUGGCAAGGGCACUCGUGCUUCAGAACAGGGCAACUUUGAAACAGCUUGAAGUGGAAGUGGAUACCGUGGAUCUCGAACCCUGCGAUUUGUUCGAUGAUUUAUUGGCAAUGUGUCCCAACCUCACACGUCUCAAGAUGCAUAAGCACCUUCAGCCUUUUCCCAGGAUGUUUAUCAAUUGGCUUGUAGCUCCUGCCCAUCCUAUUCCACUUACACAGCUCAUCUUUGUCAACGGCGAAUUGAGUUGGUUGAAGCAUCUGAUUCCAAAAUGUCCUCAAUUACAGCACAUAGCUUGCGUUCCUAAAAGAUAUGGAUGGUAUGAUAAUGAGGUGCUCGAGCUUGCCAACCACUAUUGCCCUUGCUUGCAAAGCUUUCGUGUGGGUGAAAUAGACCAUCUUCGUGCAUUUCCCGACAACUCUUUGGUGUAUAGGACUGAUGUCGCUCAGCCUACUAUUGGGAUGGAUAUUAUUGUUAGUUCCAUGGAUAAUGCUGCUUCACACUUUCUGGAGAGGAGCCACCUUACUUUGGAAGGACUAAGUCUACCAGUGGAUAGCUUGUAUCCUGUAUUCAAAACAUUGGUCACAUUGGCACAAGUGAACGUUCCAAGAUUACGCAAUCUUGAUUUACGCAAGUCGAGGCUAAGGACACAAUAUCUAUCUUCGUAUGACUUAUCAGUGAUCCUUCAAAAUUGUCCUGUACUCGAGGUGUUGUGGAUUGCAGAUGCAGCGGUCGUGGAUGAUAAUUUGCUGUACAGCUUGCAUCGCGUGAGCAGAUUGAGAGAUUUGGAAAUGACCAUCAUGCAUGCUUUGGAUGGGAAGGAGAGCAACAUAUCAACAUCUGGUUUAAAUCUCUUAUUCAGCACUGCGUCUUAUUUACGAGAUGUGCAUUUGAUCUUGAAUCAACCUGUAUCUAUCACAAGUUGCUUGUCAUGUAUCGCUCAAUCCUCGUCUUUGGUUAAUCUGAAGUUGACGUCUCAAAAGAACGUGGCGUUGGGUGAACUAGAAGGAUUUGCAACUAGUUUAUGUGCACCUUUACAAACACUGAAAAUCCAAUCGACCUAUGGCGUAGUUGGUGUGGACAAUGAUAACUUUACACCCUUGACAUGCAUGCCCCAUCUUACACACGUUGAACUUACACCAUGCUGGCAAUCAUUUGAAGACACAGUGAAUGCAUUCUUAAAGAAAGAUUUCAACAACAAAACUGAUAUGACCAUCAAAAUGACUUCGAAGCCAAUCUUUGUAUUUGCAUACCUUCCUGUUAAAAAACAUGUUGCGUUGCGUAUAGAGAGAAGAUGUUUACAACAAUAUUAA